GAAUGAAUGGCUGUCAAGCGCCCGCCCACAGCCGCCUUCCAGCUGCGAUUGAUGAUGCUGCUCAUGGCACUUGACCGCAUCAUUACGGGCAUCACUUACACUCGUGACUUCUCUCUUCUCUGGUUAAUCGACACACGCAUCGCUGCGGUCAUGAGCGAAUGCGUGCCUCGUCUCCACAUCUUACCCGCAAGCUAAAGACCGCCUAUCACGCUGCUGUUCGCUGGGUGUGCGCUUGCUGCGGCUGCCGCACACAUCGGCUUGCUCAGGCUGCCAAGUACGACAUUCGAGGGCUGAUAAUUGGCAACGCCUCUGCUUCCGACUCUCGGAGAGGAGAGGCUGUACGACACUCACAUAGCGACCUUCCAGUCUACCCUUCUUGGUUGAAGGCAACGCCCUUGGCAACAUGUCGACAGGCUACAGCAGCUCCAGGGGAGACUACUACGACUCCGGCUCAGGCUCACGGCGACUUGCAGAGACCUCUGCCCAACCUUCCUUUAGUGGGUCUUCGUCGUCACUGCCUGCAGCCUUGGGACUCGGUGCCCCAUCUCCGCAGCCGCAGCAGAGCUCGUAUGCCAAUUCCACCGGACACUGGACACGAUAUGGUGCCGAGGCAGAGCCCAACGAGCGAGGGUCCGCUCACGACCGCCUGGGAUCCUCUAGCGGCUACAGCACACGCGGGGCCAUGACAGAUGUCGAUUCGAGCAGUGCGAGCAACACGCACUCGACAUUCACAACAUUAGGGUCGAGUGAUGGUUACGCUGGCGCUCUCGAAGGGAAUACGGAUCGCAGAGCUACAUCGAGCAGCGGGAUCGCAGGCAGCGCAGCGACUGGCCCGUCUGCUCCUCCGCGUACAUUCUUGGUACCCGUGGGUGCUACUGGUGCUCGACAAAAGCUCAACAUCAUGAGCGCCUCGAGGCGCCCCCGCACCUCCGGAGCGGCUGAAAGGCAACACCCCAGCUCCAAUACGAAGAUUGAUGUGUCUCCAACAGCAUCUGCACUUCCUCGAACGGCUUCGGGGCCCUUGAUGGAUGCUGCACAGCUAGAUGAUUUGCGGCGGGUAGCACAUCAUCCGUACCGCACAGCGUCGCUUGCCUCCAACGAUGCGAGCAAUGGCUCUUCCUUCGCGGCUGGCAGGGCGGGGGCUAGCAAUGCUUCGCUUCGUGAGCGUCAUUCCGCUGAUCGUCGCCCUUCGGUAGCAUCAUCUACGGGGUUGAGCGCUACGCACUCGCAGGAGAGCAGCGCAGAAACGCCUAGUCCUCGUUGGGACGCGCCCUCGCACUCGAUGUACAACCAAGCGUCAGAAGCAUCUAGCAAUUCUUCCUUCACAGAUUAUGGCGUCAGACCGCGAUCAAGAAGCGGUAGCAUGAAAGACGGUCUCUCUUCAUUCCUGCGCACUGGACGCACGCCGACUCCAACGCAGGAGCGCAGCGACACCCUGUUCGCUGCGCGCGGACGAAACGGAUCCGUCUCAUCUGUUGUAAGCGACCAAUUCUUGAUGGGCAAGGGACCUGAAUCGACGAUGAUGAUCGGGGGCCAAUCAAUGCCAGGCGAAAAGAACCGCGCGCUGGGCCAGUCGUCAUCCGCAACCAGCUUGCAGCAGCGCGGCUCAAAGGCCGGGCACACUCAAGCGUCUCGAGGAUCUGAAUCCAAGGCUGCCUACUUGUUGGGUCUAGGAAGUCCUGCGCCAGAACCGGUGACAUCUCCAAACUUGGGCGAGAGCGGCAUGUCCAAAUUCGGCAAAGGGACUGUUAGGGGUCUCAAGAACAUGUUCGGGUCCAAGCCCAAAGAUCGCGCACCAAGCACUGCUGAAUUGAGCCCAUCUUUGCAAAUGAAUCCGCCUUCGCGGUAUGAAGCCUCUACGGAAGCGCGCAUGGGUCUCGGCUUUACGCCGCCACGACAGACGGCAAAUCCGUCGUUUCGACAGUACGAUCAGGAGAGCCAAGCGAUGCAGUACAGCGGUUGGGCCGUGCAAGGAAGAACGCAGACAGACGUCUCACCUACUCGAGAUGCGAGGCCUCCGCGAGAGAACAAUUCAACACAGGGAAACGGUAAUGGCCAUCGAGAACGCAGGCCUAGUGAGCCUCAGUCCCUCGCCUCGGAAGGUGAUCAAUCGUCAGCUUCCACAGACGCUUUCGACGCGCAAGAGCGCUCCAACGAUGACGUGCAGCAUCCUACCUAUGAGCAUGCUCCCACUCUUGAGCUUUCGCUGCCCGUUGGCGGCGGCCUCUUCGGCGACUCGCUCGGAGCUACCGGCGACUCGUCUUCUUCUUCUCCUGCAACAAGUCGGCGGAAUGCCUCGUCCAAUGGUGGUCGAAGCGGCAGUAGCGGCCUCAUCGGCUCGCCUCUUACAGCUUCGCUGCCCGGAGCUACCAACGGUGUGGAAGCUGUCCCCAGCAGUGUCGGCGCUGCACGGUCGGCCAGCGGUAGAAAUCGACAAAACGACGAUGGAGACGCUACGUUCGAUACUUCACGUGAUUCCAUUCGCUCUGACCGCUGGAGUGGGGUCCCACCAGGCUUGGCACCCGGCGCAAAGCUUAAAGCGGAUUCUGCAGAUUCAAGUGCCGAUCACAAGUCCUUGCCACCAACGCCAAUGACCUCCGCACCCUCGACACCACCUGCGCGCCCCAUGGAUGCUGACAGAGCUGCAAGCUUUGCUAGCAGAUCUGCCGAGACGUCUCGUGCUUACCGCAUGGACGCCAAUCGGGGUCUGUCGACUGUCGAUGACAACCCCACGGAAAUGUCGUUCGAUACUAUUAGCGUCAAUAACAGGCGAUUGUCGGAGGCCCCUAGCGCAGCUCCUUCAUCAAAACGCGGUAGCGUCGACCAGACCUUUUCCGCUCGCUCGUCCUCGGUAUUGUCCUCGAGCAGCCCGACUCCCACAUCUUCCCGAGGACCUUUACUGCCGCCCGGACCAGUCUCCUCCAACUUCCAGUCCCCUCUGCUCGCAUCUCUAGCCAGCGUGGCAGUCAGGAGCAGCACACCGACGGGCUCUGCAUCUGCUUCGCCAGCAAAGAAUCCCUUGAAUACCACUCCCCCAUCCACCAUGUCUCCGUCCAGAAGCGAAAGAGAGGUUUCCGUUACAUCGUUGGCCAUCGCACCGAACGAUGAGAGCAGUGGAAUCGAAGCCACUGCUCGCUCUCCGCGGCCGAACAUACCCGCCAGGUCGCGCGAUCGGCCUUCGACUCUGCAACCAGACCCCGCCACACUUUCGCGUUUGGAAGGAACGUCGAAACCUGUUGCGUUGGAGAGCCAAGACAGCCAGACGGAAACGUCAUCCGAACAGCCAAAGAAGCCGUCUGUGGAUGCUGCGACAUUCGUGCCUGCUGGUGCGCUGACUCAUACCAGGCACGGCGUGCCCGUCAAGUCGUCAGCCGGUGCUGCAGCGGCUGCUGCGGCCAGAGCGGAGCUGGAUGCCAAGAGGGCGCGUGCGGCUCAGCGCAAUUCAAGCGCGAUGGACGACGUGACUCCCCGCGGGUCGAUCGAUAGAUCUCGCAUGGCUAGGACGUCACCGAUCUUGACCAGACCUGCACAGCUGCCGAUGACUUCUCCGAUUCAGAGUCGCUUCUCUUUAGCCAGCAGUGCGACUAGUCCGAGCGUGCCGGACUCUACGGACAGCGAUGGCCAAGUCAUUUCCUUCAACAGCAGAGAUUUUGACAUUGAAGGAGAUGACGGAUCACUUGAAGACAGUUCCUCUAUGCUACCGACGAGCGCCUGGACCGAAGUCGACACCGCGCUGCAGCGCUUCAAGGAAGGCACGUCGCCUAGCGGAGCUGCGGUCGAUAAGGGCGGCCUCUUGCGCAGCGUCCUGUUGCCUUUCCUGGCACUCGAAGCUGAGACACCAAAUGUCGAGGUAAGCGGCGAUGGGCCGUUUCGCUCCGCCAAAGCGCGUCGCUCUUUGUUCUUUGAGUGGAUCAGGUACCUCCUGCUCGAGCUGCAGCACGUGCAGACUUCCACCGACCGCGGCGCGAUCUUGGAAAGCAUCGCUUGCAUUAUUGAAAGCCGCAACUUUUCGGUCGGUAUGCUUGCCGACGACAAGGAAGACGAUAGCCGCUUCUCUUCGGUCUUUGGACACAUCUUGUCCUACGCUAUCGGAGAGCUGAACAAGAAGGGUGUAUACCAAAAUACGCUCAUUUUCUCUGGUCGCUUGCUGGCUGUCGCAUUCUUUCGGGUGACGGGAGUUGCCAGUAAGCUUUUGCGGGCCUUGCCAGUCAAUCGCUUUGCUUUGGAACGAGUAGCAGCAGAGGCAAAUUGGGACCAAAAUCAACCACUCGAAUGGGAGCAGUACCAGUCUCGCUUUCCAGAGUCUCUACAGGCAUUCUGUUACCAGGAUGCCAGGUCCUACCUUCGAGUCCUCGACGCGCAGACGGCCAUGACUGAUGGCGACACGGCCGAGAAUGAGGAUGACCGCUACCUGGUCAGACAGCCAGAGGUUGAGGUGGAAAUGUCUGGCAAUUGGCUUCGAAGAUGGCAGUCCGAUGAUUCGGAAUUGUUCUUCAGCUUCUGCAGGAGCUAUCAUCGUCAAUUGGCUGGCUUGAUGUCGCUUCAGAAAGCCUUUAACAAGACAGGCUCGCGACUCUUCUUUGGUGGACCUGGAUACGCCCAUCUUGCAACUUGCGUCCACCAAAAGUGUCUGUCUUUGGUGCACCGGGACAUUCUGUCCGUCACUACACUGUCAUCCCAGAAGAACUUCAACCCGGGAGAGACCGCCAACGUGCUCUCAGGGUCCACGGCCGGCAAGCCGCGCCAUCUCGAGGCUGCCAACAGGAGAUGCACAGCCAUCGUGGUAGACAUUGUGCGGGCACCUAGCAUCAACAAUCAGGUGUUCGGACCUAUGUUGGGCGUGCACGUCAAGUGUUUGGUCAAGCGCACUUCUCUGUACGACGUGCAGAGCGUCUUCUGCUUGCUGGACUGGCUGGACGGUGUGCUAAGUCACAUUGACUCAGCAGAGCUGCACACAGAGAGCCUCGUUGAUGUCUCCUUUGUGAUCGAGAUGAUACAGAUGCUUCUGCGUGACGCUGAUCAUGCUUUAGCGCUGAUGCGUACCAUUGCAUUCUCCUACUCGAAUUUCGCCGUGCUCUCCAGCACAAUGAAGAAUCGAACACGUUUUUGCGAAGAGAUACUGCUCGAUCGACGCAUCUUCGAGAAGCUCUUCCUCUCCUGGUCUUUCACGAUUCGCGCUUACUUUUUGCACCUGUUGGUCUUCCGCUUGGCUCGCAUCAACGACUUUUCUCAUCCGAAAGAUGAUCCACACGGCAAGGCAGCGGUCAGUAUAGCCAGACUUUUCAACCAGCGCCUGGACGAGAUACGUCGGCGUCACGACGAGCUCUCGCCUGCAGUUUCUACGGACGCAUCCUCUGAUGCUGAUGAGCGCAGCGCAGAGGAUCAGGAAGAUGACGCCAUUGCCAGUAGCCUGCAAAAGUCACGCAAUAGACCAGCUUCCUUCGUGAGCACGAUCCGACACACGCCCUCCAUCCGCGGCGUCGAGGCUUCCAACACUGCUAAAGCAGAAAGAAUACUGGGCAUCGGCAUGCCGGACCCAAUCUUGGCGCCCAAGGGCGAGCCGAAGGCCCAGUCGCGUGCAGCCAAAUGGCUUCGAGCACUCGGAGGCAAGAGCAGCGUCCGUACAUCAAAGAACAAGGGUGGCUUCGCAACAUCUCCCUUGCCUGCUGUGCUUGAGAGCCCGACGAUCACGAACGAGCCUCGCAAUCGCACGCCUAGAUUCGACGAGCUCGACUUUCUGGGUGAAGAGGACGAGGACGAUGAAGAUGAUGCGAGCUCAACCGGCAGUGGUGCGAUCGACAAGAACGUCCUUGGCAAUAAAAGUGUCGGCCUUGAUGAUGACCUCGCAUUGACAUCUGCCGUCAACAACAAGUCUGGCUCCGAAUUCAGCUUCCAAGCGCGACCCAUGCAAGACUCGACGGACCGCACUCAACCUGCGUCGAGCGGCGGCAAUAUUGCGCCUGACAUGUCAUUCGAUCUACAAUCACCGACCUCGCCUCAUCCCCCGCCAGGAGCAAGUCUACUGAACGGCCGGGCUUCGCCAAGGCAUGGUACCAGCUCUCCGCGAGUAAGCCGUGCCUUCUCAAGGCGCUCGUCCAUCUUACCCGGGCCGGCAUUGGAUUUGGUAGCGCAAGACGAUCAGCCGCCUGUGCCGCCUAUUCCAGAGCAUUUGCGACAAGGCUAUGCCAAGUCAUUACACAUCUAUGCCAUUCAGAGUCUGCGCGAGUACGAGCAGACUGUUCAGGAGCAUGACGAGUUCUUUGCUGCUCAAGCGGACGCGGCGAAUCCUCAAGUCCCUCGAUUGCCCAUCAGCUGGCCUGCGAUGUGGUCUUCGGAGUAAUCACACCUUGGCCGUGCGAUCUGGCAAUCUUCAAUUUGCACUUCGCACGCAUCCUUAUCUGCUGCUAUUGCUUGCAAGAGUAGCAUGGUCGCUCUGCCUUGCUUUUCUUCAUGCGAUGCAAUCUCAAUACUCCUCUCAGUGCUUGUAAUACCUAAAUAGUUGUUUCAGUGUGGACCCGAAGGCUAUAUAGUGUCUGCAACGCGUGCGGGCUCUUGCUGGCUGACAGUGCUGGAGGUAUUGCUCACGAA